CGGCAGGACGCCUAAUACCCUCAGUAUGUUCCGUGACUCGUUCCAAGGGGCUUCGCUCCUCUUCUCUCUUCGAACUGCGUCUUUUAAUUGAAUCGUUCCAUGGACUAGCUGGUUGUCAAAAGCACUGUGAAAUAUAAUGAGUUCCUUAGUAUUUAUCGCCAUAUUGGCCAUUUCUUCUGUUUUAGGUAGACGAGCGAGAAACCUCGACGGGAACUCCUUAGGAUCAUCAAUAGAAGAAUUUAAUAACGAAUCCAUGAAGCCGAGGUUCGCGGAGCCAAUCCCCAACGUGACUGUUACCGUUGGGAGGGACGCCCUCCUCGCCUGCGUCGUGGAGAACCUCAAGGGAUACAAGGUCGCUUGGGUACGUGUGGACACACAAACAAUACUCUCGAUCCAUCACAACGUGAUAACCCAGAAUCCUAGGGUUACACUCUCUUUCAACGACCACAGGUCUUGGUAUCUGCACAUACGCAACGUCCAAGAAGCAGACCGCGGAUGGUACAUGUGCCAAGUCAAUACAGAUCCCAUGAGGAGCAGACAGGGUUACUUGCAGGUGGUCGUUCCUCCGAGCAUAGUCGACAAAGAAACGAGCACAGACAUGGUUGUGAGGGAAUCGGCGAACGUGACGCUGACAUGUAAGGCCCAGGGAUACCCGGAGCCGUACGUCAUGUGGAGACGUGAGGACGGCGAGGAUAUCAACUACAACGGCGAAAACGUCAACGUGGUCGAUGGUGAAGUCCUCCAUAUAACCAAAGUCAGCCGGCUCCACAUGGGAGCUUAUCUCUGCAUCGCCAGUAACGGAGUGCCUCCGUCUAUAAGCAAAAGAGUCAUGCUGAGAGUUCAAUUUCCACCGAUGCUGUCGAUCCCCAACCAACUCGAGGGGGCUUACGUUGGACAGGACGUGUCCUUGGAAUGUCACACGGAGGCUUAUCCGACGUCGAUAAACUACUGGACGACGGAGAAAGGAGAUAUGAUCGUCUCAGACCUGUCUGUUUCAGGUGAAAAGUACGAAGCCGUAUCGGUCGACAACGGCUACAACAAAUACAUGAUGCUCAAGAUAAGAUCGGUGACCAGGUCCGACUUCGGGUCUUACCAGUGCGUCGCCAAGAAUUCGCUCGGAGAGACCGACGGACUUAUCAAACUCGACGAAAUCCCGGCGCCCUCGACCACCACGACUGCAGCUCCUAGUACAACACAACCACCGCCUAAAAAAAAAGGACGAAACAAGGCGCGACAGCAGUGGAAACCGAGACAACCCGAAAAUCAGGUCCUGGAGGAUUAUGGCGUGGAAGAAUGGAGGGAUACAGAGAGCCAAGACUACACUUUACCUUCACUAGGUCCGCUGGAGGAAGAAGGGCGAUCGUCGGCGUCCACUCCCGGCUCAUCGUGCUGGUUCCUCUACUUCUUUUCCGCGCUGGUGGCCGUCAUAUCGCGGAGGUGAUACCGUAGUACGACAUGCCGACAUGGAAGCAGGCUGGAACUUAGCUUAGACGUCGCCGGCAGGCCGACUUUUGCUCUUUCCAGAGCCGUCGAUGACGAAGGGUUCAUAUUGAGCACAAGAUAAACAGAGGUCACGUAAUCAAACAAUAUGAUCUCAAUAUUUGUAUAUAAUACUUGUAAAUUGAUUGUGAUAUAAUAUAUACAUACAUGCACAUACAAACACAGACAUACAGUUUACCUACGUACGUAAACACAACAUGUUAGUGUGUAUGUAUGUGUGUGCGUGUGCGCGUGAAUGUGUGUACGUGCUUGCGUGUGAACAGAAUGAAGUUAGUAAACUAUUAAUUUUAUUUUUGAUCCGUUUUUGAGGCUUCUUUGAUAAUGCUAUUUUUGUAUUUGGAGUUGUACGUGAGGCUUCAAUUCUAUUAGUUACAAACAGAUAACAAUCCUUUAGAAAAAUCUAGAGCACAAAAAGCUGUAUAAGUUUAAAGUACGAAAGGAUAACUGUAAAAAUAAGUUUAAAAUAUAGUAAUAACAUUAGUUUAAUUUUAAUAAAACAAUGAUGGUAUGUUAAAACAAUUAUAUAUGCUUGGCUAUGUUUAGUAUAAUGGUACAUAAAUUAUAUAUAUUGAUUAAAUAAUAAAGAAGGAUGAAACAA